AUGACACCGUCGCCCUCGCCGUCGCCGCCGCCGUCGCCCUCCGCCCCUGCCUCGUCUGACACCCCUGCCCCGGCACCAACCCCCAGCUCGAAGUGGCAGCACGUCGACACCAUCCAGGGCUCCAACUUCUUCGACUCGCAGUACUGGAACUGGUGGCAUUGGGAUGACCCGACCCACGGCGAUGUCCAGUACGUCGAUGCUGGCGUCGCAUGGGACAACGGUCUAGUCUCGAUCAACAGCGCGGGGCGCGCCAUUAUGCGUGUCGAGACGACGGAGCGUGUCGACCGCGGCCGCAUGUCGGUCCGCAUUCACGCCAACCGCGUCUGGACUGGCGGCAUGGUCAUCAUGGACGCCGUCCACAUGCCUAUUGGUUGUGGCACCUGGCCCGCAUGGUGGCAGAACGGCCCGAACUGGCCGGAAGGUGGCGAGAUCGACAUUCUCGAGGGUGUCAACGCCUUCACCAAGAACCAGGUCUCGCUGCACACCGGCCGCGGCUGCACCAUGCCGCGCGACCUCGAAAACAACCAGCUCGGCAAGAUGACGACGGGCAACUUCGACUCGUUCGACUGCUCGUCCGCUAACACGGGCAACCAGGGCUGUGGUGUGCACGACCAGUCCACCCAGUCGUACGGUGCCGGCUUCAACGAGAUCGGCGGCGGCGUCUACGUCCUCGCCUGGCAGAAGUCGGGUAUCACCGCCUGGUUCCACCCCCGCUACAACAUCCCCGACGACAUUACUAACGGCAACCCCAACCCCGACAACUGGGGCACCCCGGUGGCUCACUUCCCCUCGACUUCCUGCAGUCCCUACCAGUUCUUCUACGACCACUUCAACAUCUUCGACACGACCCUCUGCGGCGACUGGGCCGGCGCCGAUGCCGUCUGGCACCAGAGCGGUUACGCCGGCCAGGAGAGCAGCUGCGCCGCCAUCACCGGCUACAACUCGUGCAUCGACUAUGUCCGCAACAAUGGUCAAGCGUUCAACAAUGCGUACUGGGAGGUCAACUACGUCAAGUACUUCAACUCCACCGAGCUUGUCUAA